GCGACGCUGCCAGAUGGCGGCUUGAAGUGAGGUUAGACUUGUUUAACCUCACUGUUUUAAUGCGAUUUUUUAAACAAUUUACUCGAAUUCAAAUCCAGUUUACACUUUAGUGAUUUUCUAUGUAUCUUUACAUAUAUUUCUGGAUUUACUAUGAACUUGAUUAAACUGUGCGAUGCGAUAUUAAUGCGAAAUCGACCAGUCUACAAGCCAGCCAUGAGAUUUUACAAGGAUUUGGCUUUCGAAGAUAUUCCUGAAGUUUCUACCCCGUUAAUUAAGAAAACGCUGAGUGCGAACGGCAUAAGUUUUGAAGAAGGUCAUACCUGUUUCAUUUCGAAAUGCAACCUGUUCAACAAUUGCAAUACGGAUGAUAAGGCCAAGUUAUAUAUUAAUAAAACUACUGGAUUCUAUAUGUGCAGCUUAUGUAAACAUUCGGGCCAAUGGGGCCAAUUUGCCGCGUCAUUAAGUCUCAGAAAAGCCAAGAAAUCGGAAGCCAAAAAGAAAAACGACAACGACUUCAGUGAGCUCAGGGAGUUAAAUGAAUCUCUUGAAAUCAUUACACAAAGCACCCAAGAGCUUAAGUCCUUCGACAAUGUGGGAUUUGUCAACAUCUUCAAUAAGUUUAAGCUACCAAUUAUUGCGCAUUCUCUAUUAGAAUCACUAGAUAUAAGAAUAAAUAGUGAACAGACUAUACUUUAUUUUCCAUUACGAAACGUUGAAAAUGAAAUAGUGGGGUAUAGGACUUUAAACUCAAGUACACAUCAGGAAAGCACUCUACCAAACAUACAAUAUGGGGGCCUUCUAAUGUUUCGCCCGAUUCGUUCCAGAGAUACUGCGAUUCUAGUUCCGACCAUCUCUGAUUUUUUAGUGCUUUCAAACUCCAAGUUAUCCGCUAGUAUAGUGUGUUUGCCCAAUGGUGUGAACACUUUAUCGCAAUACGUGUUGCCUAGUUUAGAGAAGUUUAAAAAGAUCAUCCUGUGGUUAGGCAGCGACAACAAAGCGUGGGAUUCCUCCAGGAAUUUUGCAAGGAAAUUGGGGGAGAAACGAUGUUCUUUAAUUAAACCAAGUGAACAGUUGCCGCACUUGCAAAACGUCCAGGAUUUUAAAGCCAUUAUUGCUGGAUCGCAUGUUAUGUGGCAUAAAAGUAUCACCACAUUUGGAACCUUAAGAGCAGAAGUUUUAUCAGACUUACAAAACAUCGAUAAGGUGCAAGGUGUGCGGUGGAAGCGAUUUCCCACACUCAGCAAAAUCCUGAUGGGACACCGACGUGGCGAACUGACGGUUUUAACUGGUUCCACUGGAUGUGGAAAAACCACUUUUGUUAGUGAAUACUCAUUGGAUCUGGCUAUGCAAGGGGUGAGCACGCUCUGGGGAAGCUUUGAAAUAAGAAAUGCUAGAUUGGCCAGGACAAUGUUGCAACAGAUGGCGGGGAUUCCCUUAGGUGAAAAUCUACACUUGUUCGAUCAGUUAGCCGAUGAGUUUCAAAAAUUGCCAAUUUACUUCAUGACGUUUCAUGGUCAGCAAACCAUUAAAAUCGUGAUGGAGGCAGUUGAACACGCUACGUACAUACAUGACAUUGCUCAUGUAAUAAUUGAUAAUGUCCAGUUCAUGAUGGGCAUCUCAGAAGAGCAGAAACACAUGGACCGAUUUUGGAAACAGGAUACUAUUAUUGCCGCUUUUAGAACGUUCGCCACUAGGAUGAACUGCCAUGUGACUUUGGUGAUUCACCCAAGGAAAGAAAGAGAUGACGAAGACUUAACCACAAGUUCAAUUUUCGGUGGCGCAAAAGCGUCGCAAGAAGCUGACAACGUAUUGAUAAUUCAAGAUAGAAGACUGACCGCUAUUAAAGGAAAAAAGUACUUGCAAGUGGUUAAAAAUAGGUAUAGCGGCGAUUUAGGCAUUAUGACACUAGAAUUCAACAAAAAGGCCUUAAGUUAUGCGCAAAAGAAGCCAAAAGAAAAAGCAAUUGAAACCCGCCCAGAAGUUUCCGAAUUUGAAGAAACCAGUUAAUGGAGUGUUUUAAUAUCAAUGAGUUGUAAUCUACUUGAAAAGUUGCCACCGUAUACAGGGUGGCCAUUUUCUGAAUCUUUCUAUGGGUAACUUCUACAUUUUUAAAGAUAGAGAAUCCGUUAAAUGGGAAAAAUUGGGCAGAAUUCGAAUGCCUAUUCAUUACCAUUUGCAAUACUUAGGUACCGGACUUGAUUCUUGAAAUAUCCUGAAAAGACAAGCAAUCAACACUUUUUUAAUUAUCACAUAAUUCGUAAAGUGCUUAACUUAGAAAAAAAGUUAAAACUGCCCUUAGUACAACUUUUUGCGUUGAUUUAAUAAACUAGCCUUCGUUGUCAUAGUCAACUUGAUUUACGAAAUAAAAAAUAAACUUAUGUUUUUUUUAAAUAGUAAUCAUAGUUGGCUGUGGGCCUUUUCAAAUUCUUAUUUUUUUCUGAAUUGAACGAUAUAACUGUUUGUAUGUUUUUCUCCUUUUGUUGCCGUAAAACUUCAAAAUAAGGUAAAAAAUGUGUAGUAGGCUAUGGAAACAAGAUCUAUAUUAUCACACAAAGCACAAAACAAAAAUGAAAUAAUUGACAGACACAAUCAUGUUGACUGGGCUAAUGAACAUCAUCUAAUUGAGAAUAGGCGAGAUCAACGUGUUUUUUUUGGGAAUGUUUGGUGAGGCAUUUUUAGUGAUAAUUAUUGGUCCAUUCUUUUAUAAUCACAAUUUACAUAUGGAAAGAUAUUUACACUUUUGAACUUGAAGACAUGUUGAAUAGUUUUCCGUUAGUAUCGUAUCGAAAAUUGGCAUAUUUUCAUCAUGAUAGUGCACCUUCACACAACUCACGAGUUGAAUGUGAAGAUGCCAAAAAAUGCCUGGGCGUAAACGGAAGUCAAUUUGAACGAUUCGUUAUUGUUUUUUUUAUUGUUUAUUGUUUAUUCAUUUUUAUGUUUUAUCUCGUAAAUCAAGUUGACUAUGAAACGAGUGCUAGUUUAUUGAAUUCAACUCAAAAACUUCUACCAAAGACAAUUUUAACUUUUUCUCUAAUUUAAGCAGAUUUCGAAUUAUAUGAUAAUUAAAAAAGUGUUAAUUUCUUGUAUGUUCAUGAUAUUUCAGGAAGCACGUCGGGUACCUAAAUUUUGAAAACGUAAUGAAUAUGCAAUUAAAUUCUGCCCAAUUUUGCCCAUUUAACGGAUUCUCUAUCUUCAAAAAUGUAGAAGUUACCCAUACAAAGAUUCAGAAAAUGACCACCCUGUAUGUAGCAGUUGUUUGAAAAGAUCUGAAAUGGUGCUUUUGUCUUUGAUGGAAUCUUUACUUAAUUACUGCUGAACGGGAAUAACUGAGUUUUUACUAGUUCCAGAUUACCAGUAAAAAGCAAUAAAAGCAUUUAAACUUGGGUCUACAGAGCUUAUCUAAGCGCCAUUACAGGUUGUGAUUGGUGCCAUAUUAUGAUCUACAUAUUUUUAUAUGUUUUAGACUUUAUAAAUAAAUUGAUCAGUUAA